CCUAUUCAAUACUCAAAGACCAAAUUCCAACUGGAGGAGAAAAAAAUCAAUUCUCCUCCAAUUUCAUCAAUCCAAAUGGGAACCUAUUUUUGUAUUCCCUUUUUCACAAUUCUCAUCCAAUUAAUGGCUACUACUGUAAAACCCCAGCCCAUAUGUCCUGGAACUGAUCCUACACUUAAUUAUCUUCCGGUCAUUGGAAUUGUUAGUCAUCCUGGUGAUGGAGCUUCAGGCCGCCUGAAUAAUGCUAGUGAUGUCUCUUACAUAGCUGCUUCUUAUGUCAAGUUAGCUGAAAUGGCUGGUGCUAGAGUUAUUCCACUUGUAUAUACUGAGCCUCCUGAAGUUCUCAAUCAAAAACUUAAUCUAGUCAGUGGUGUUAUCUUCACUGGAGGGCGGGUCAAGGAUGGUCUCUACUUUGAAGUUGUUAAAGGAAUAUUCAAGAAAGUUCUGGAGAAGAAUGAUGCAGGCGAGCAUUUUCCUCUUCUUGCCAUCUGCUUGGGUUUUGAACUUUUAACAAUGAUCAUCUCCAAGGACAAUAACAUUCUCGAGGAAUUCAGUGCGUCGCAUCAAGCGUCUACAUUACAAUUUGUAGAAAAUAUAAAAUUUGAAGGAACAGUUUUUGGAAGGUUUUCCCCUGAGUUGCUAAAGAAGAUGACUACACAUUGCAUUGUGAUGCAAAAUCAUCGUUUUGGUAUAUCACCAGAAAGGCUUCAAGCAAAUAAAGAUUUGUGCAGCUUUUUCAGGGUAUUGACAACUAGUGUUGAUAAGAAAAACAAGGUCUAUGUCUCUAGUGUUCAAGCACAAACCUAUCCCAUAACUGCACUCCAGUGGCACCCAGAGAAAAAUGUUUUCGAGUGGGGCUCAUCACAGAUUCCACAUACCGAGGAUGCAAUCCAAGUAACUCAACAUGUUGCCAACUAUUUUGUCAGUGAAGCUAGAAAAUCUUCUAAUAAGCCGGCGAACAGCAAAGUGCUUGACAACCUCAUCUACAAUUACAGUCCCUCUUAUGCUGGGAAGGUUCGGGGGAGUUUUGAGGAGGUCUACCUAUUCACUCCGCGUCCCACCUUGAGCUCUUUGUAGAUGGCAAGUGAACUGGAAAGGCAUUGACCAAUUGCUUGUCUCAAAUAUCAUAGAUGAAGAGAGUUGC